CUUCGGAGUGCUAAGGGAAGUACUAUGGCAGAAAAGACAGCCGAGAGAUUGAGACCCCCCUUUACCUCGCGACCCAUCCCGCCGAAGCCUCCCACCCCUCUAUUCUCCUCUCAUGCAUCACUUCCCAAUGGCGACAUCAGUCCUCAGCCAGUUCUGGAUACAGCCACCUCCAUACCCCUGACAGCCUUAGAUUCCUUGCCUACAAUAGCUGGCCGCGACACAGAAUGCUUUCUGGUCGAAGAUGAUAUCUGUAAAUUCCUGCAGCGGGAGUUAGAUCUGAAACGCUUGAACAAGAUACAUGACCUGCUGUGGAUGGCAGGUCGGCCCAUGCGUGCCAGGCCGCUGCAUCGAUACAAGAUGAUGGGAUUUGACGUGCUAUACACACAGCAGAUGGAUCUGCAUCUCCUAAAAUUCUCGAAUCGACUCCUGCUAAAGCCUCUUCCGGAGUGGAUGCUGAGCUACGAGUUUUGGGAUGAGAACAUUUGCGGCAACCAGUUAGAGCGCCAGACGCUGCAUGAGUCUGCGUGUGGAUUUCUGCUAUCGUACGUCUGGCUCCUCUGUUCCCCGCUAGACCUAAAGCUUGCACACGAUCACUUCCUCUUACCGUCAUUCAUCACGUGGCACUGGUGGAAGGAAUUCGUCAAGGACUUUUGCCAACACGUCGACAUGAACUCUCUCGAUCAAGUCAACAAGCGCUACCACUUUGGCGACUUGCGACUCGGUAGAAUAAAUUCCAUCUACCGCACACGGUUCUGUUUCACCCACUUCGUACGAGGCUACCUCUACGGCUAUAAUCGCUAUGUGGUCUUCUUCCAACGAAACUUCAGUUGGAUCCUAAUCGUCUUCGUCUUCUUCUCCCUCGUGCUAUCUGCAAUGCAAGUCGGCGCUGGUGUCCCGCCUUUACAAGACAACCUGGCGUUUCGUCGAGCAUCAUAUGGGUUUGUGGUGUUCUCUAUGGUCAGUGUUGCGAGUGUGUUAGCGCUUGUCGGAGUUAUGUUCUCGGUCAUUUUCUUCUUCAACAUGGCGGCUGCGAUACAACACGACAAAAGGGACAGACGGGAGAGAGAGAAACUAGCGCUGGAAAGGAAGAAUAAGAUGAAGGGUGCUUGAUUGUAUGGAAUGGUGUCGCAUUUCGGGACAACGAGAAGGCAUUUGUAUAUCAUGGCAGGGUAAACGGUCUACAGCUCGUCCCGCUUUUGCUCCGCGGCCUUCUUAACCUGCAUCGCCUCAAUGGUAACCUC